GUGUGUUUUUUUUUCACGAGUCAUGUGACAGUUCCCUUUUGACUAGAAACUAGAAAGAGAAGUCUUAGCUCAAUUCACUUUAGUUCUCUUUCAAUUUACUAUACACAAAAAUGGCCAUUGCUGCAGCGAAAGGAAGGCUUAUAGCCGUCAUCGGUGAUGAGGACACUUGUGUUGGAUUCCUUUUGGGUGGCAUUGGAGAGAUGAACAAAAACAGGCAGCCCAACUUUAUGGUCGUAGACAAGAAUACGAGCAUCAGCGAAGUGGAGGACUGCUUCAAGCGCUUCCUCAAGAGAGAUGACAUUGACAUCAUUCUCAUCAACCAGAAUGUAGCAGAGAUGAUCAGGCACGUGAUUGACAACCACAAUGAACCAAUUCCAGCAGUGCUCGAAAUUCCUUCCAAAGAUCAUCCUUACGACGCGUCAAAAGAUUCCAUUCUCCGUCGUGCCAAGGGAAUGUUUAGCGCCGAAGACACCAAGUAAUAAAAGUCCUACUGCCAUCGGCGCGUAGAAUAUAUUCCCCAAUUAGUUUUUGUUUGUUGUUGGGUGUUUUUCUUUCUUUUUCCUUGAUGCAUUCCUGUCCAGUCUUCAUUGUUAAUUGAACCUUAAAUAGAGCAAUCAACAGUC